GCGGCUUUGCAACGGCGGCGGGAGAGCCGCUGACAGCGCCGGGGCCUGGAGCGAGUGGGAGCGCCUGGCCGGCCGGCCUUGACCGAAGCAGAGCGCGCAGGAGAGGAGGGCAGCCCCGGGAGGCCUCGGCUCGGACAGACGCGCAGGCCAUCUGGACAGUAGGAUGAGUGUCAAGGCCUUCAAGCUCGUCCCUGCCAUUGAGCGGGAAAUGCUAAUGGGCGACAAAGCUCCAAUCAGUAUUGCAUGUAUUGAGUGCUGUGGAAGGAACCUCUACAUUGGAACUAAUGACGGCUCUAUCUGUCACUUCCUCCUCGAAGAGAAGAAUUCACCAGCAGACAAAACAGGAUUUUCGGUCACCAGGCAGCUGCAUAAAUACCUAAGUGUUCGGAAGGCCGUGGGAGAGUUGAAAGCAGCUUCAGCCCUUAACAGACUUCUGGUUCUUUGUGACAAUACCAUCCUGUUAAUGAACAUGAUGAACUUGGAGCCCAUUCCCACAGGUGCUAGAAUCAAGGGAGCCGUGACAUUCACGUUGAAUGAGAACCCUGUGAGCGGGGACCCAUUCUGUGUUGAGGUGUGUAUCAUUUCAGUCAAACGGAGGACCAUUCAGCUGUUCAUGGUGUACGAGGACAGAGUUCAGAUAGUGAAGGAGCUUUCCACUCCAGAGCAACCCUGCGCUGUGGCUAUAGAUGGCCACUAUUUAUGCCUUGCUCUGUCUACUCAGUACAUUAUUCUGAAUUACAAUACUGGAUUCUCCCAGGAUCUUUUCCCUUACUCUAGUGAAGAGAGACGACCCAUUGUGAAACGAAUAGGCAGGCAAGAGUUCCUGCUGGCUGGACCUGGAGGAUUAGGUAUGUUUGCAACAGUUGAUGGCAUUUCCCAGCGUGCACCAGUUCACUGGGCAGAAAACGUGAUUGGUGCUGCCCUCUGUUUUCCUUACGUAGUCGCUCUUGACGAAGAGUUCAUUACAGUGCAUAGUAUGCUGGAUCAGCAGCAAAAGCAGACACUUCCCUUUAAGGACGGUCAUAUCCUUCAGGACUUUGAAGGCAAAGUAAUUGUAGCUACCACCAAAGGAGUAUACAUGUUGGUGCCGCUACCUCUGGAAAGACAGAUUCAGGAUCUUUUAGCCAACCAGAGAGUUGAAGAAGCUUUAGUGUUAGCAAAGGGAGCCCGAAGAAAUGUUCCAAAAGAGAAAUUUCAGGUAAUGUACAAGCGAAUCCUGCAGCAAGCAGGAUUUAUACAGUUUGCACAGCUUCAGUUCCUAGAAGCAAAAGAACUCUUCAGAAGCAGCCAGCUUGAUGUCCGGGAGCUGAUCUCUCUCUACCCCUUCCUGUUGCCUUCCUCCUCCUCCUUCAUGCGAUCGCAUCCUCCCCUCCAUGAAUACGCUGAUUUGAACCAACUGACACAAGGGGACCAGGAGAAGAUAGUUAAAUGCAAGCAGUUUCUUAUGAGCUACUUGAGUGAAGUUCGCAGCACUGACAUUGCAAAUGGCUACAAGGAAGAUGUUGAUACAGCUUUACUGAAACUCUAUGCAGAGGCCAAUCAUGGAAGCCUUCUAGAUCUUCUACUCUCUGAGAAUUUCUGCCUUCUCCCAGAUAGUGCUGCAUGGCUGGAAAAGCACAAAAAGUUUUUUGCACUUGGACUCCUGUAUCAUGCAAAUGGUCAAGAUGCCGCAGCACUGCAGUUAUGGAUAAAAAUUGUUAAUGGAGACAUUCAGGACUCUACACGCACAGACCUUUAUGAGUAUAUAGUAGACUUCCUUACCUCAUGCUUGGACCAUGAGUUAGUGUGGAAAUAUGCAGACUGGGUUUUGCAACAAAGUGAGGAGGUUGGAGUAUACAUUUUCACUAAAAGAUCAAUGGAAGAGGCACAAGAGAAAAACAGCUUUCAUCCAGAUGAUGUAAUCAGCUGCCUUAACAAAUAUCCUGUAUCACUAGUAAAAUAUUUAGAAUUCUUGGUACUAGAGAGAAGAAUAAAGAAGGAAAAGUACCACACCCAUCUAGCAGUGCUUUACCUGGAAGAAGUGCUACAUCUGAGGCUGCUGGGUGCAGAGAGGAGCGAGGAGCUGAACAAAACACAGGCAAAGCUGCGCAGUCUCCUGCAGAAAUCGGACCUUUACAGAGUUCACUUUCUUUUAGAUAAAAUCAGUGGCGCAGAUCUUCCUAUGGAGUGUGCAAUAUUAUACGGAAAACUGGAAGAGCAUGACAAAGCUUUACAUAUCCUGGUCCAUGAACUGAAGGACUUCGCUGCUGCAGAGAACUACUGUGUAUGGAAUUCCGAGAGCAAGGACUUUCCUUACAGGCGGAAGCUUUUUCAUAUGCUGCUUUCAGCAUAUCUUAAUUCCAGCACAUCAGAACACAAACUGGUCAUGGCUGCUGUGGAUCUCCUGAACAAUCACGCGGCUGAAUUCGACGCUCCACGUGUUUUGCAGCUUAUCCCUGACGCUUGGUCAGUGCAGCUCCUCUCCUCGUUUCUGACUGGUGCAGUGAGGGAAAGCAUCCAUGCGCAGCGAAUGACUCGGAUUGCACUAGGCUUAGUGAAAGCUGAGAACCUUACCUAUAAGCAUGAAAAGGUGAAAUUAAAAGGCAGCCCAACCUUCCUCUCGGACAGAAAACUCUGCCAUGUAUGCCAAAGCCCUUUCACCGAGCCUGCUUUUGUCAGGUACCCCAACGGCAUUGUGGUCCACACACACUGUGCUGCAAGCAGACUUGUGAAUUCUAACACAAACCAUCACUUGCCCAGCCCCAGCGGCGGACGGACAUGAUGUGUGUGCAAGGUGGUGCCCGUUGCUGUGUUAGUGACUCCUCGGAAGAAACGGGGAGAUUCUGCUGGAUGAAGAGCAAGCAACCAGCAAAGGAAAGGAGUCGUCCCCUGGCGAAUGGGAAGACUUCAGUCAAUGUGAAAUACGGCCACUUAACUGCUGAUCCUUAUGAAUGUAGACAGCACAAGAAAUUAGAUGUUUAUAAAAUGAACAAAUAUUUCCCUCAUGGUAAGGGUGAGCGUUCGGGAGGGGAAACCGUUUUUUUUUUUUUUUUUUUAAAGCAAAACUUGCACUGAAUUUAGUGAUCAGCUGGUCUUGUAAAGAGAAGGGCUGAUGAGCAGAGACAUCUCCUCCCAGAUAGCUCAUCAUUCUGUCCUUGGAGAAGUGGUAUGAAACAGCACUUUCCUGAGGGAGGAGCAUAGCUGCAUGACGCUCCAGCAGGGCACGUGCAUUUCCUGUUGGGACAGGAUGGCGAACUUGUUGCGUGCUCUUCGUACCGUUGAGAUUUGAUGCACUUUGAGCCCUCGUUCUCCUUUCUUCUCUGCAUUCCAGGCCCUGUUGGCGCACGCGCCUCUUGCGAUUGGCCGUGCUGGGUGGAGGCGAGGGAAGCAGCACGAUGGCCGACCCAGGGUCGUAAGUCCCACCGUUGCUGGCACGGCCGAUCCCCGUGCGGCGCAGUGCUGAGUGUCUGUUGUGCCGAGCCGUAGCCCGCUGCUGGGGAGGGGCGCAGGGGGCGGCUUUCCUCAGUGUCAUGCAUUAUUUAUUAUCCUACAGAUGUGCUGUAAAUACCGUUGAAUGACAUGGUUUUAUAUUCCCGACAUUCUCUUGAGCAAACACAUGUAAAUCAGUAAUCCCAGGUCUAGCUUUUGAAAAGCCUAUUACACCUGCCAUCACAAAGAGCCAUCGCUAAGAUUUCCUGCAAGUAAAGAAAUCUGUGCCUCUGAUCUGUUUGCAGGAAUGGGUUAAUACAAAGGGAUAAAAGUGCUGUAAAGACAUCAGUAGUUGGAGUCUGAAGGUGCUGAAUAAGCUUGAUAACAUUUAAUAAAUGCUCUCUGGAUUCUCAA